ACAGAUCACUUCUGUGCGACCUGACAUUUAACGCAUGGAACAAAGUUAAAGGAUAAAGAAGUCCACAAUAUGAAUAAUUAAACUGCAAGCUGCUAGGAUCUCAAGUAGCACAGGGAUAUGCUGUCUAUACUGCUGGUGAUUUGACGAAUAUAUAUUACUUUAAAACUUCUAUGUGGCAUUGAGAGUGGCAAGUGAAAAUUACAGUGACACGAUUCUGCGCAAAAUGGUUGAGACCCGUUUCCGCUCAUUGGAAGCAUCUUCCCUUCUCCUAACAGCUCUGGUAUUUGUCCUCAGCAUUCAUUUUUCUCUGUUAUCACACGUUGCUGCUGUGUCUGCACAGGGUAUGUUGCUUUAUUAUGAGACAAAGUCGUCUUGCCAUAUUUCAAGUGUCAAAGAGGCGGAACAGACGAACGUAACAUGUACAUUCAGCACUGAUGUUUAUGCGACUAGAAACAACAUCAAAAUACUUCGUUUUGCUGAUGAGGAUAACACAGGUGCUACGGUCGCAUUGUGUAUGUGGAUAGAAGACGUACUAGAUUGUGACACAGCAUCAGGAUAUGAGUUUCACAACCACACCCUUACAGAUGAACUCGUCAUCAAAGUACCACAUGCGUCACGUGAUCAGUCUGGACGAUAUGUGUGUCUAGCGCUGGGUUCUGCAUCCGAAGCAUUUACAUCUUGUAACUUUGUUGUCAUGACAGCCGGGUUAACGACGUGUGCGAUCUCCUCUGUCAAAAUGAUGUCCCAAACAUCGCUGACAUGCUACUUCCCGGAGGACGUCAGCAAGACCAGAGCAGACAUUUCUGUCUAUCAUCAUUCGAUCCAAGGUCAUACAGAUACUGUUAUGUCCUGCGUGUGGAAGAAAGAAAAGUUGAGUUGUAGCAUUCUCCGAGGCUACGAGAUUAGCGGCAACGUGACAGAUCACGUGAUUCUGAAGGUCCACAAUACGUCGGAGACUCAUGAAGGAACGUACAACUGUCAGAUUACAGGUUUUACAUCUGCUCCAUAUGACAAUUGUUCCUUUGAGCUAGAGAAAGAAGAUAAGCAACAGUUAGUGACCACUUCGUCUUGUAAUAUUUCAAGUGUCCAAGAUACAGAGGCUGCAGAACUAGUCUGCACAUUCAGUGUUGAUGUCAAUGUGUCGAGACAGGACAUAAAUGUUAUUCAUCUCCCUUAUGGAGGGAAAAAAGUUGUUGACAUCCUCACCUGCGUUUGGUUGGAAGAGCAGCUGGACUGCAUGACGGCUCCGGAAUACGUGUUCAACAGCACAGUCACAGACCAACUCGUCAUCAGAGUGCCGCGAGCGUCGCGCGACCACAGCGGAUUAUACACUUGUCAAGUGCAUGGUUUUGAAUCCACAGGGUUUGCACCGUGCGAAUUUAUUGUCUUGACAGCUGGUAUAACAAAGUGUGAAAUUCCAUCUGUUAAACUGAUGUCACAAACAUCCCUGACAUGUUACUUCACAGAGGACCUGAGCGAGACCAGAUCAGACUUUAGUGUCUAUCAUCAUUCAGUCCAAGGUCUUAAAGAUGCAGUGCUGUCCUGUGGAUGGAACAAAGAAAAGUUGAAUUGUACCACCGUUCGCGGUUACGAGGUUUAUGUCAACGUGACAAAUCACGUGACUCUUAUGAUCUACAACACAACAAAGAACCACGAAGGACUGUACAACUGUCAGAUAAAUGGCCUUGGAGCUGUUGGUUACGAAAACUGCUCUUUUCAGCUUCAGAAAGAUAACAAGCAGCUGUUGGAGACCAAGCCAUCUUGUAAUAUUUCAAGCGUAAAAGAAUCAGAAGCUGCAGAACUGAUCUGUACAUUUAGUGAUGAUGUCAGUGUGACAAGACAGAACUUCAAAGUGAUUUUCCUCGGUCAGGAAGGAAGAACAAAUGUUGGCAUCUUAAUAUGCAUCUGGGUGGAAGAUGGACUGGACUGCACGACAUCCCCAACAUACGAGUUCAACAACACCGUCAACCGUCAACUCGUCGUCAGAAUACCGCGAGCGUCACGUGAUCAUAGAGGGACGUACGCUUGUUACGUGCUGGGCUCUCAGCUUGACGGGUUUGAAUCGUGUGAAUUUAUAGUCAUGACAGGUAGAUAUACAUCCAGCUUUACACCAGACGUGAUUGUAGCACUCACUGCAGUUUUACUAACCAUAUAAUACACUACAAAUCAUGUCACCAUCCAAUUUAUUAGUGAUUUCACCUAAAACAACACUCCUUGGAAGUCUCAUAGGCUGAUUUAGUCACAGUUGAGUCAGUCAUAAUUUUUCAUCUGUUCUAACAUCACGCAACUGGUAAGUGAUACAAGUUUGUUCACCAAUUUAUAUGUCUGUGUUCACGUGGUGUUAUGACAGAAAGCGAAUUUUUCUGGCCUCUGCGCGGUGUACCUAACAUUAUAGUCGCCUUGGAAGACAAAAACGCUUGUAGGGGGCUGUAAUAAUUAGUGUCGAUGUCGUUAUCUGUCGUGCCAAACAAAUACAUUUUGCACAAGUUCUUCAACAACUGCAAGUGGUAAGUUUUGAUUUACAUUUCUUGUCAAUGGCAAAUGAUUUUAAUUUUUUCAAUGUCAGACUACAAUCCUUUUGAUGGAGCAGUGCUUAUUAACAUUAUAGAUUAAUCUUAAUAUCGUCUAUUGUGUCUUUGAAUCGCCACGAGGCUUCUCUAUAGUGUAUUUUUUUCUAAGUCAUAAGAGUAUAAGCAUCUUUCACACAACUUUCUCCUAGUGUGAAAAUGACGUGGUGCAUUUUCUGACAUUGUAUAAGGUGUAUUAAAGCCUAAUUCGUUUAAAGUAAAAAAAACAAAACAAAACAAAAAGCAAACAUUUCAUUUUAUUAACAAAUGAAAUAUGCAUGAGGCCUUGAGUUACAUAAAAUCACGAGAGGAAAGCAUAACUAUUUCCAUUUGGACUGUCCUAUAAACUAACGAAUUAACAAAAAGGUUAAAUAAUAAAGGUCUGGUGACAGAGCUUGGUGUCUAGAUUACCUGGCGAAAUGAGUAUUAUUUCAUAAAUUGAGAUAUAGGUAGUAUAAAUAUAUUUCCGAAAACUUGCACUACUCAGUAUGACAUAUAUGUGGUCACAGCUGUUUAUUUCUAACCUCAAUUACAUUUGUUUUUUUCCUACAGGAACCUGCUGAAGAUUUUCUGAGACUAAAUGAGCGGACACGAGGUUUUUGGAAUCGUUGAUCCUUGAAUAGCAUUCUUCUAUUAUGAGCACGAAACCGCCUAUUAGCAAUAAGAUAUUUAACCAAAAAUAACCCCUCCCCCACACUACCUCUAUCUGUAAUAAAGAUAUCGAUAUUAAAUCAUUUACUUCAAAAUGAAUUACAUAUAAAGUCGCCACCCAGCUUUUGAAGUGUCCAGCUGCAGACAAUGUCACCUAUGGUUUCCUGGGGUCGCUGCUUCCCACACAGAGUGCAGAAAAGAAGGCAGCUGCUUCGUAUGUAAAUAAAAUUUGUCAAAGCCAAUUUCAUCCGACUGAUGUGCAAAAAAUCGAUGGAGAGAAAUCUUCCAAUCUACAAGCAUGUCAUCCCUGUUCUUACAUUCACAGGUACAGUCACCUCUUUUGGCUUUCUUCACCCAUUCUCACAUCGUCUUUCCGAAGUACACCAACAUGCCACAAGGCCCGGCAGCAUCCUCCACUCUCCUCUCCACCACAAGACCCCCACACAUGCACACAAAAUCGGGAAUAUCCUGUAUGACGAACUAUCUACUAAUCAUUGCUAGAACGAGGUGGGCAAUAAGGUAAGUUCACCAACAUUCAGGUGUAUAAUUAUGCGAGCAUAGAGCAAAUUUUGUAGUGGUAGUGCAGGUAAAACAUGAAGCCAUAAAGAUUUAAUUAGCAGAGACAAACGGCAAUGGUUAUCAAAUAUAAAUACAUAUAUAGACAAAAACACACACAAGACACAGUAUGAGCAUUAAAGUUGACAAGCACACUGAUGAAUGACUUUUAGCAUUUGUGUAUUUAAUAACACUCAUGACAAGAGGUUGUCACAAAAUGUGUCAGACCUUAUUUGUUUUAUUUUCUAAUAAUCUACAUAAAUAAUAUCUAGAGAGUGUGCUCUGACUUUUAGGCAAGUAUAGGAAGUACAUACAGGCCCGGUUCUACCUAUUAGGCGAACUAGGCAAUCGCCUAGGGCGCAGCGACCGAGGGGGGCGGAAAAAAU